AUGUCUCUCUCUCGCUCUGCUCUUCUGGGCCUGGCAACCACCUCGCUGAUGACCGGAGUCUCUGCCCAGCUCAAGACAUGCAGCAACAGCAACGUUUUCAGCUGCCAGAGUUCGUCCCAUGUUCCUUCCUGCUGCUUCAACUAUCCUGGUGGAGCUCUCUUACAGACUCAGUUCUGGGACACCAACCCUUCCACCGGUCCUUCUGAUUCGUGGACCAUCCACGGUCUGUGGCCCGACAACUGCGAUGGUAGCUAUCAAUCUAGCUGCGAUCCCAGCCGUGCCUACACCAACAUCUCCGACAUCCUGCUGUCUCAGGGUCGUGAUGACCUUCUGUCAUACAUGCAGAACUACUGGGUCGACAUCAACGGCGACAACGAGAACUUCUGGGCCCACGAAUGGGGUAGGCACGGUACUUGCAUCAACACCAUCGACCCCAGCUGCUACAGCAACUACUCUCCCCAGGAGGAAGUCGGCGAGUUUUUCCAGAAGGUCGUCGAUCUCUUCAAGGGUCUCGAUACUUACAAGGCACUCGCAGAUGCUGGUAUCACCCCUGAUGACUCUCAGACAUAUGCUCUGAGUGAUAUCCAAGCUGCUCUGACCAGCUUUCAUGGCGGUGCCUCGGUCCACCUUGGUUGCUCCAGUGGUAAGCUGAAUCAGGUGUGGUACUUUUUCAAUGUCGCUGGCAACGCUAUCGACGGAAAGUACGAGGCUGUCGACACUUUGACCAAGUCGAACUGCCCUAGUAACGUUCGCUAUGUUCCCAAGUAA